AUGUCUUCUUGCUUCUGCAUGAAGUGGAUUCUUCUGCUCCUGUUUACAGGCCCCACAGCAUCAGAAUCACUUGUGAAAGGAAAGGUUGGUCAGGAUAUCACUGUGCCCUGCUCUUACCGUGUUAGAAGCCCACAAGACAUCACAUCAAUGUGCUGGGGUCGUGGCAGAUGCCCCUCUUCAAAAUGUAAUGGGAUAAUUAUCUGGACAAAUGGCUGGAAGGUGACAGAGCAGUACAACCGCAGGUAUACGUUGAAAGGGAACCUGACGAUGGGCGAUGUGUCCCUCACAAUCAUGAACGCCGAGGAAGCAGACAGUGGGACAUACUGCUGCCGCGUGGAGAUCUCAGGGUGGUUCAAUGAUGAGAUAAGUAAUCACAAGGUUGUGGUAGAGAAAGCUAGGAUCUCUACCGCAAGUCCUCACACUUACACCUCUGAACAGACCUCAGCUCCUGGGAGCACCGGUGAAUCAUCCUCUACCAUCACAAGAACGUGGCCGUCGGUUUCUGCUUCCGAAGCUCCUCAGACCGCCCCUGGUCCCUGCUCAAACAUCUCAGACUGCUCGGGGGUAACCUCAAACCUGCAGAACCAGUCUGUAUCACAUCCCAGUCAGCAGAAUUCAGAAAAUUGGCUAUACAUCGGCAUCGGUUUAUGUGUGGUACUUCUAGCCAUCCUUUUUUUGGCUCUGUUCCUCACUAGACGUAAGUACUUUUCACAGUCUCCAUCAGCUAAAAUGUCCCAUUUUGCGCUGUUUCACUGGAUUGUGAUACAGAUCUUUAUAGCCCACACCGCAUCUGAAACCGUUGUCAGAGGAGUAAUAGGGCAAGCUGUUCAGUUGCCUUGCUUCUACCAGGUGGCACGACAAAAGGACAUCUCCGACAUGUGCUGGGGCAGAGGCCCGUGUCCAAAUUCAAAGUGCAAUAACAAAAUUUUGCACACCACUAGGAAUAGGGUGACGUUCAGAAAAUCACAGCGAUACAAUCUCCAGGGCUAUAUUUCCUACGGAGAUGUGUCUCUCACGAUUGCAAAAGUGAAGGCAGAAGAUGCCGGCACAUACUGCUGCCGCGUCGAGAUCCCAGGUUGGUUCAACGACAUCAAACAGAACAUGCGGCUGGAGGUGGUCAGAGCCCCUCCAGUGAAGACAACCACCACGAGAAAGGCUCCCACUGCUGUCCUCCUGACAACCACCUUCCCCGAAGCAACAACUGCGACCACUGAUCAUCAAACAACAGCAGAGGCUGCUGUCCUCCCUACAACCACUGUCCCCGAAGCAACAACUGCAACCACCGAGUCUUAGACCACUGCUCCCCCAACAUUUGCCAUGACAGCAAAUGACAUUUUUCCAGAAACUGUGGUGACAACUAGUGUUCCCCCAGAUUUUUCAACUGGUUUCCAAGCAGCUGAUACAAGGACUGAGGAUGAUGCCAUGUUCUGCCCAACAGAGUCUGUCCCUCUUCCUGGAGUGACCACCGAAUUCCCAAGUACACUUCUGACUGCAGAGGGAACUGAAAGUGCUGACACUUCGCUCAUGGUGGAAGAUGUGCCAACUGCAGGGAUUUCAGCGAGUUCAGACGGCAAGGCUGAGGAACAUGAAGAUAAUGGAGAUAAGUUUCCCAGCUAUGCCAUUCUCAUUGCCUGUCUCAUAGCGGUGUCCAUUGUUCUCAUAUUGAUGCUCUCGUUGUUUUGGAAACGUAAACACACAAAGAAGUUUAUGAUAAAAAGCCUUGGACCAGCGGAAGACCUGGAAAAAGUUUUUAGUGGCACUGAAGGAGAAAACAGCAUUUUUUCCCUGUGA